GUCAACUUAUAUUUACUUUUAUCUUAGAUUUUUAUGGUGUCAAGAUGUUAUUAUAUUUAUAAUUAAAAAAAUUGUUAAAUUACUUUAAUGUUUACAGUACUUAAGGAUUUACUUUUAUCUACUUAUUUCAUUAGUAAUUAUUUGUUUUCAUAAUAAAGUUCUUUCUGUUCUACUACCUGUCGUUUGUAAAUAGUUAGGUGUCUUAUAUUGAAAUUAUUUUAAAUAUCCUUCAAUAUGAGUGAGAAUGGCGAUGAUUUAGAACAAACACUAGUACUAGCAGCGGCAGCAGCUGAUUCAUUACAGUAUGAAGACGCAGCGGAAGAAUCUCAUAAUGAGGAACUGCCUAAUAAACCUGAUGAAAGUGAAUUUUAUUCAGAGGAUAAAGAGGAACCAUUACAAAAGAAAAAAGUAAACGAAGAGGCCAAUAAUUCACCAAAUUAUUAUAAUCACGUGAAUAAUUCUCAUAGCGUUAAAAAGCGUAACCAUGAAGAAACAGACAACGAGCCUCAAACCUCAGACUAUUCCCAUAGUCAUGUAGUAGCCACUCAUUAUAAUCUCUUAGAAGAAAAAGGUUUACAGGAAAGGUACAAGUCGCGAAUCAUUUAUUUGCGCAAUUUUCACAACUGGAUUAAAAGUAUGUUAAUCAAUCAGUACAUAACUAAAAUUAAGGAACAUAAAAAACAACAUAAUCCCCCCAUUCGUGUUCACGACAUGUGCUGUGGUAAAGGAGGUGAUCUUUCCAAAUGGAAGAAAGGCAACAUUACUUAUCUAAUUUGCAGUGAUAUAGCUGAAGUAUCUCUAGAGCAUUGCAGAGCUCGAUAUGAUACCAUGAAACACCAUGCAAGGCGUGAAAGAGGAGGGGGACACAAUAUGUUUUCACUGGAAGUUAUAGCCGGUGACUGUACCAAAGUUAGACUAAGAGAAAAAUACUCAGAUCCAUCGAUGAAGCUGGAUUUGGUAAGCUGUCAAUUUGCCUUUCAUUAUAGUUUCGAAAGUCUACCUCAGGCCGAGAACAUGUUAAGGAAUGCUUCAGAAUGCUUACAACCUGGAGGAUAUUUUAUAGGUACUAUCCCAGACUCAAAUGAAAUUGUAGCAAGAGCAAGGAAAUCAAAAUCAAAUACCUUUGGAAACAAAGUUCUUGAAGUCGAGCUAGACUUUGAUCCUAACGAUCCUCCCCUGUUUGGAGCCAAGUACAAUUUUAAAUUGGAUGGUGUGGUUAACUGUCCAGAAUUUUUGGUACAUUUCCCUACUUUUGUCAAGUUAGCAAAGAAAUUUGGUCUAAAAUUAGUGAGGAAAGAGAAAUUCUUGGAGUUCUUUGACAAGAUGAAACAUGAAGGGCGUCAACUUUUAAGUAACAUGAGAGCACUGGAAAUGUAUCCUCCUAAUGAAAAUGCUACAUUACUGGGCGAUGAAGAAGAUUACAUUCACGCAAAGGAAUUUAUUGAAAGGCAGGAUCAAAAUGGAGGCCCUGUAAAAAUUGGAACUUUAUCGAAAAGUGAAUGGGAAACAUCUUCUCUAUAUUUAACAUUUGCCUUUGAAAAAGUGAAAAAUACAUGGAACGCUGAUGGAACUCCUUGUUUUGAUAUUUGACACAUCCAUAAAUGGUUCACUUAUUAGCAGAAACAUAUUUUCUUAUUAAAGUGCAUAUGUGUUCAAGUUUUAUAUAAAGUAAUUAUAUGAUAUUUAUGUAAAUAGAUUGAAAUAUACAAUUAAACUCA